GCUGGCCAACAAGAUUUAGCGGUGGUGCCCCGUGGGCUUACUGUACACAUACCAGGACCCAGGACAGCCGGGCCGAGCCGGUGGUGGCAGCCUGAGCCCUCUGCAGACCGUCCCGACCAUCCUGGACAAUGCUGCUUGCCCUAGGCACCUAUUUCCUCUGGCUUUUCACCAGUGACCUCUGGGCCGUUCAGGCUAAGGACCCAGAUACUGACGUGAGCACAAGGAGCCUUCACCGGGACUUGGCUCCAAAGAACAUUGACUUUGCCUUUACCCUGUAUAAGCAUCUAGUGGCUUCAGCUCCUGGCAAGGAUGUCUUCAUCUCCCCUGUGAGCAUCUCCAUGGCCUUAGCUAUAUUAUCUCUGGGUGCCUGUGGCCACACACGGGUCCAGCUUCUCCAAGGCCUGGGCUUCAACCUCACCAAGAUGCCUGAAGCUGAGAUCCACCAGGGCUUUCGGCACCUCCACCACCUCUUCAAGAAGGAGUCAGAAACCAUGUUGGAAAUGGCUAUGGGUAAUGCCUUGUUCCUUGACCGCAGCCUGGAGCUUCUGGAGUCAUUCUCAGCAGACACCAAGCACUAUUAUGAGUUGGAGGCCUUGGCUACAGAUUUCAAGGAUGGGGCUGGAGCCAGCAGACAAAUCAAUGAGUAUAUCAAAAAUAAGACACAAGGGAAAAUUGUGGACUUUCUAUCAAAGCUGGAUAGUUCAGCCAUGCUCAUCCUGGUCAACUACAUCUUCUUCAAAGGCACAUGGGAACACCCCUUCAACCCCGAGAGCACCAGGGAGGAGAACUUCUACGUGAACAAGACCACCGUGGUAAGAGUGCCCAUGAUGUUCCAGUCGAGCACUAUCAAGUACCUUCACGACCGGGUGCUCCCCUGCCAGGUGGUCCAGCUGGAGUACAUAGGCAACGGGACCGUCUUCUUCAUCCUCCCAGAUGAGGGGAAGAUGGACAUGGUCAUCGCCGCGCUGAGCCGGGACACCAUUCAGAGGUGGUCUGAGUCCAUGAUCACGGGGUAAGUCCUUGUCCUUCUCCCCCUACACUCACGCUGCAGGGCUCAUUGUUUUCUUCUGCUGGGUCCCCAAAGACCUGAGGCUCUCUGACCAAGAAGUCAGCCCUGUUUAUCUCUGUCCACUGACACUGAGAUACUUUAGGGCAUUCCACAAAACGAGGUCCGUUUGUGCCUCGGAAACAGCACAAAACCUAUGAAUGGUUCUUAAGUCACUCAGGGAUGUAGCUCUUCUUCAAGCAAUCAGUCCAUCAGUAAAUAAGUAAGAAAGGAAAAACAUAAGUAGGUAAUAAGUGAGUAAGGGAAAGAGAGUGAGCGGUGUAUAUGCAGAUGCCCUGGAGGUCAGGAGGAGAACCAGCCCAUGAAUGCCUGACCUCAGGCCCACGCCGGGGGCGGGCUCCGAGAGCACACGCAGGGAGGACGGGCUGAGCAUGUGAGCUAGGCAUGAACGAUGAAUGAAUGAAUGAUGGAACUCAUUGCCCCCAGGCACCUCUGAGCUAGACAGCAAUCAGAAUUAUGGUCAAGCACGUGCGCAGCCCCAGCCUGCACCGUGGGGGGAGGGGGGGAGGUGUUCAUGAACGUGAUCCUCACU